UCCACCCAGCAACCGGUGACCUCCACCUCCCAGUCAUGAGCCGCCAGUUGAACCUCUACCCCGGUGGAGAGCGCCUGGCCUUCAGCGGCUGCUCUGCCAUCAUCUCCAGCCGGGUCAGCAGCAGCACCGCCUCAUUCCGGGCCAGCGGCGUCAAGGGCACGGCCACCUUCGGCAGCAGGAGCCUCUUCAACUGCGGGGGCGGCCGGCGCCUGGCCCUGAGCUCCUCGGCCGGGCGGGGCAGCUCUGUGCUGGGUCCCUGCGCAGCCACGGGUGGUGGCCGCCGGGGAGGCUUCGUGGGCACCGUCUUCGGCAGUGCGGGGCUAGGGCCCGCGUGUCUGUCCGUGUGCCCGCCGGGCGGCAUCCCUCAGGUCACCGUCAACAAAAGCCUCCUGUCCCCCCUCAACGUGGAGCUGGACCCAGAGAUCCAGAAAGUGCGCGCCCAGGAGCGGGAGCAGAUCAAGGCUCUGAACAACAAGUUCGCCUCCUUCAUUGACAAGGUGAGGUUCCUGGAGCAGCAGAACCAGGUGCUGGGGACCAAGUGGGAACUGCUGCAGCAGCUGGACCUGAACAACUGUAAGAACAACCUGGAGCCCAUCCUUGAGGGCUACACUAGCAACCUGCGGAAGCAGCUGGAGACGCUGUCCGGGGACCGGGUGAGGCUGGACUCGGAGCUGAGGAGCAUGCGUGAUGUGGUGGAGGACUACAAGAAGAGGUACGAGGUGGAGAUUAACAGACGCACAGCUGCUGAGAAUGAGUUUGUGAUGCUCAAGAAGGACGUGGAUGCCGCCUACAUGAACAAGGUCGAGCUCCAGGCCAAAGUGGACUCCUUGACAGAUGAGAUCAAGUUCUUGAAGUGCCUCUAUGAAGGGGAGAUUGCUCAGAUCCAGUCCCACAUCAGUGACACAUCCGUCAUCCUGUCCAUGGACAACAACCGCGACCUAGACCUGGACAGCAUCAUCGCGCAGGUCCGCACCCAGUACGAGGAGAUCGCCCUGAAGAGCAAGGCCGAGGCCGAGGCGCUGUACCAGACCAAGAUUCAGGAGCUGCAAGCCACAGCGGGCCAGCAUGGGGAUGACCUCAAACUCACAAAGGCUGAGAUCUCAGACCUCAACCGGAUGAUCCAGAGGAUCCGCUCAGAGAUUGGGAACGUGAAGAAGCAGUGCUCCAGCCUGGAGAUGGCUAUCGCCGAUGCUGAGCAGCGGGGCGACUGUGCCCUGAAGGACGCCCGGGCCAAGCUGGAUGAGCUGGAGGCCGCCCUGCUCCAGGCCAAGGAGGAGCUGGCCAGGAUGAUGCGUGAGUACCAGGAGCUGAUGAGCACCAAGCUGGCUCUGGACAUCGAGAUCGCCACCUACCGCAAGCUGCUGGAGGGCGAGGAGUGCAGGAUGUCUGGUGAAUAUCCAAAUUCCGUGAGCAUCUCCGUCAUCAGCAACACCAGCGCUGGAGCAGGAGGCACUGGCUUCAGCGUGGGCUUUGGUGCCUCGAGCAGUUACAGCUAUAAAUCCUCAGCGGUGGAUGUCAAAACCAAAGGCAGCUGUGGAGGCAGCGAGCUCAAGGAUGCUUCUGCCAAAACCUCAGGCAGUAGCUGUGCAACCAAAAAGGCCUCGAGAUGAAGGGCAGAUGAAGGCUGGCUCACGAGCAGAAAGCUGCAAACCUCACCCAUCUCGCCACGUCCUCAUCUCCUCUUCUGGGUCCCCUUCCCAAGUCAGGAAGUGCUUCCUCUGUAACCACAGCCUUGAUCCCAUCCCUGCUCCUGAUUCUGAGUGGGGUGAUGCUCUGAUGCAGGGCAUCCAGCCACAAGCUCUCUUGGUGACCUCCUCCUUGGGCACCUUUCUCUGGGUCACUGCCCUGUAUGCAGAGAUUACACACAUCCCCAGGAUGCUUCUCUGUGACCAGGGGCAAGCCCCUCUGUCCUUGUACCUUUCUGGGUCUUCACAGUCAAGGGGCUCUCUGACUGGGGCCAUGCCCAGUUCUCUGCUUCUCUGCAAUAAAUGGUCAAU